AUGCGCUUCAUCUACUGGGCUGUGGCCGCCCUCCCAGCGGCUCUAGCUACCCCCAUUAACCCUCAGAAUCUCCAGAAUCUCCAGAACGCCGUUGAUCCGGAACGACUGAAUAACCCCUUGACUAUCGCCACUGGCAAAGACCCCAUCAGUCAGCUUCUACGUGGAUUCAACAAUGGGAAGGCCUUCACAUCUGAAACUCCCACACCUGGAGGAGAAACUCCCGCACCCGAAGGAGAAACUCCCACACCCGAAAGAGAGACUCCCACACCUGAAGGAGAGACUCCUACAACUGAAGGAGAAACCCCAACCAACCAGAAGAGGGCGCCUAUCAAUCCCCUUGAAGUUGUCGAUGGCAUCGCCCGGAAAGUCACCGGCUCCUCUACCGGCAUAGUCCGCCGUGACUCGUCCGGGGAUGUAGAGGCACAAAAGAAGAAGAUCGGGCGAAGGCACGGCCUUUUCCCUUUCGGCGGUGACGUACGAGGCAUCCAUGCAGGGGACGCCGGCAUCCAUGCAAACAACCUCGGCCGCGAAAAGCGAAAUGGAAAUGACUUCCCAUUCAAUCACAAACAAGAGGGCGAACAUUCCGUCGUGAUCAACCCACUUCUCAACAGCCACGGAAACAACAUCAACCAUGGGUUUGAUCGCCGUGACUCCGAAAAUGUUCCCAAGGAGGCCAAGCGAAACAACGAUGGCUUCCCCUUCAACCACCAGCAAAACGCCCACACAAAUACUGUAAUCGAGCCAUUGCUUAACACACAUGGGAACACUCACAACCACGGGUUUGAUCGUCGUGAGCAAGCCAAGCGAAACGGGGAUGAGCAAAACAGUCGAACCAACACCGUAAUCGACUCUUUGCUCAACUCACAUGGAAAUACCAAGAGCCACGGAUUCGGACGUCGUGAGUCAGUGGAUAGUUAA